AUGGCGGACAGAGCAGUGAAACGAGCGAGCUCAGACUACGAGGAGGCUUCCAACAAGAAGACAAAGACCGACGGAAAGCCCAAUCCGUAUCUGGCUCACAUGUACGAGGAGGAGAACAAUGGCUGGGGCUCUGGCGAACCGGCCGCCAACUCGGUUUUGGCGGGCAUGAAGCGCCGCGAGACCACUGCGCAACAGGCUUCCAAGGCUGAAGAUUCGGAUUCGAACCCGUUCACAGGCCGUGAGCAUUCGCAAAAGUACUUUCAGAUCUUGCAGACACGGCGAGAUCUUCCCGUCCACAAGCAAAGACAAGAAUUCCUCGACAAAUACCACUCGACCCAGAUCCUCGUCUUCGUCGGUGAGACUGGUUCCGGAAAGACCACUCAGAUUCCCCAAUACGUCGUAUACGAUGAGCUUCCGCAUCUCAAUGGCAAGCUUAUUGCCUGUACGCAGCCACGUCGAGUCGCCGCCAUGUCGGUAGCCCAACGUGUGGCCGACGAGAUGGACGUCUCGCUCGGAGAGGAAGUCGGUUACAGCAUCCGUUUUGAGGACAAGACAUCGCAAAAGACCAUGCUGAAGUACAUGACGGAUGGUAUGCUUCUACGUGAGGCCAUGCACGACCACGAGAUGUCUCGAUACAGCUGCAUUAUUCUCGACGAAGCCCACGAGAGAACAUUAGCCACCGACAUCCUCAUGGCCCUACUCAAGCAGAUUGCCGAGAGACGUCCUGACUUAAAGAUCAUCAUCAUGUCUGCUACGCUUGACGCUCAAAAGUUCCAGAAAUACUUCAACGAUGCCCCACUCCUGGCCGUUCCUGGACGAACUCACCCUGUCGAGAUUUUCUACACCCCCGAGCCAGAGAAGGACUACGUCGAGGCCUCAAUCAGAACGGUUCUCCAGAUCCACGCCUCGGAACCCGAAGGCGAUAUCCUACUUUUCCUCACGGGUGAAGAUGAAAUUGAGGAUGCCUGUCGAAAAAUUGGCCUGGAGGCCGAGGAGCUGACGCGGGAAGUGGAUGCCGGCCCGCUGGCCAUUUAUCCUCUGUAUGGUACGCUACCACCUCACCAGCAGCAGCGUAUCUUUGACAAGGCCCCCGGGCCGCUGAAGAAGGGAGGACGGCCUGGCCGAAAAGUCAUCGUUUCGACCAACAUUGCCGAAACCAGUUUGACCAUUGACGGCAUUGUCUACGUCGUCGACCCUGGCUUCAGCAAGCAAAAGAUCUACAACCCCAGAAUCAGAGUCGAAUCUCUGCUGGUUUCGCCCAUCUCCAAGGCCUCGGCACAGCAGCGUGCUGGUCGUGCCGGUCGUACAAAGCCUGGUAAAUGCUUCAGACUUUACACUGAAAAGGCAUUCAAGAAGGAGCUCAUCGAGCAGACUUAUCCCGAGAUUCUGCGGUCUAAUCUGGCCAACACCGUUUUGGAAUUGAAGAAGCUUGGCGUUGAGGAUCUUGUUCACUUCGAUCUCAUGGAUCCUCCUGCCCCGGAGACCAUGAUGCGUGCCCUGGAAGAGCUGAACUACCUUGCCUGUCUCGACGACGACGGAGAGCUGACCACUCUUGGCAGUCUGGCAUCCGAGUUUCCCCUGGACCCCGCCUUGGCCGUCAUGCUUAUUUCUUCGCCGGAAUUUUAUUGCUCCAAUGAGAUUCUAUCCAUCACUUCCAUCUUGUCAGUCCCCCAAAUCUUUGUCCGACCUGCCAAUAGCCGUAAGCGUGCAGACGAAAUGAAGGCGCACUUCGCCCACCCCGACGGCGACCACUUGACGCUGCUCAACGCCUACCACGCCUUCAAGGGCCAAGAGACUGCGGAUCCUAGCUACGCCAAGCAGUGGUGCCACGAACACUUUUUGUCCUUCCGCCACCUUUCCAGCGCCGACAGCGUUCGUGCCCAACUGAAGCGGAUCAUGGAGACUCAUGGGCUUGACCUUGUCUCGACGCCAUUCGAGGAUAAGAACUACUAUACCAACAUCCGGAGGGCCAUGCUGGCAGGCUUUUUCAUGCAGGUCGCCAUGAAGGAGAGCUCCGGCAAGGUUUACCGCACUGUGAAGGACGAGCAGGCCGUCAUGAUUCAUCCCUCAACGGUUCUUCGCACGGAUUACGACUGGGUUCUGUACAACGAAUUCGUCCUUACAUCCAAGCAAUACAUUCGAACAUGCACAGGCAUCAGGCCAGAAUGGUUAUUGGAAAUUGCACCCGUGUACUUCAACCUUGACACAUUUGAGGACGGCGAUAUCAGGCGGUCAUUAGUCCGAGCCGCGGAGAAGAAAAGGAGAAAGGAGGCCAUGAAGAAGGCUGGUCGGUGA